CGCUCCCGUCUUAUUAAUUUUUAAUGGAAAAUGGCUGCGUUUCUAAUCCGAACCUCUGGAGCUGGGAGAUAAAAACACGUCCGGCCGAACCGUCUACCGAAACAACCGCCGCGUUGAGGAAAGGUUUGCUAGCCGGUGUGAAAGCGGGGAGAAAAUGGCUCGACUCGCGCUCUGAGGGAUGAAAGAUCAUUUUUCUCUUUAACCCUUUAUGCUCUGAGAUCUGCGAACAAUCGAGGUACAGUAACAUUAAUGCUGGAGGGUGUAUUAAGAUCCUUCACACGGCUUCUGUAAACGCACCCCAGUCGGUUAUUUUCGCACUUUUUCGCUCUUUGGUAAACAUUUCAAGCCUCUUUCUACUAAACCGUCAUUAGGGCUGGAUCUUGUUUUUGUGUUAAAAUAUACAAAGGUGCAAAGUGGCACAGUAGAGGUGGGUUAAUGUCUUGAAUCCAUGUGGGUCUUUUUUUGUGAAUGAGUGUAAGAACAACACACCUACUCACAGCCAGUCUCAUUGCAGUUAUGAUUAUCAUACUAGUGGAAAAGGAAUAAUUUAUGAUAUAAUGCGUAUAAAUGUAGUUUAAUGUGUUUGUAAUCUUAUCAGCAAUCCUAUCACUGCCCCAGGUCUGAGGUUAGGCUGAGCUGAUGACCACCAGCUGAUCAAGAUUCAGGAUCUUGUUUAAAGACCCCGAGGUAUGGAAGCUCAAAGCUGACAUGCAUCCAUGUAUUUUAUUUUUUUAUUUUUUAUUUACUUAGCUAAGAGUCAAGUGCCCUAAAGUGCAAAACAUAAUGUCAAAUAUAAAAACAGAACAGCUUUCAAAAGACUGUGUGUUCAGCAACAAUCCUUGUCACUGGAGAUACCCACAUUUCCUGUUGGGUUUUUUUUUUGUUUUCAGUCACUUUUUUUUAACUUCAGAGCCACCAUACCUUAAGUUGUAAAAGCCAAAAUAAAACAUAAAACUGGUAUUGUGACGAUUGAGCUGGACUACUGUCUUUGUCUGAGUGUACAAGCACCGGGCAAAUAUCAAGUUAUUGACAUUCACAUGUUUGCCUCAGCUAUGGUUGGUGGUAACACGCCCCUUUUCAGCUGGUUACUUUACCAGGUUGACGUAUUGUGUAUCAAAAUAGUCAGCGAAUCACGUUAGCAAGAGGCGAAUAGGAUAAACAUAAAAAAAUAUGAAAAUGAUGUCACUUUUACAGCUUGUACGACAGUAAAGUCUGGUUUCUUUUUUCAUUUGUCGAGGUUUUGUUUGUUGCUGGCUACCUAGCAAUACAUCCGUACUAUUCAACUUCCAGCCCAACCUGAUGUGCGAACACUGGAGCACAUGCAUAACACUUUAGCCAGGCUCAGUUCGGUUAAAGGAGAGCAACCUCCAACCGCGUUAUCCAGGUCUGUUGUUCUGACUAUGAGAAGUUCAGUCCAGUGCGAUUUUAGUCUGACUUGUUGGUUACAUGUUUUUUAAAAGUCCAGUUUUAGUCAGACUAAUUGUGCGUUCGAGUUACCUCGGAAGUCAGAUGUCAGCGCUGAAAAUGGUGUCACACCCGAGUUGCCAACGUUUCAGUUACCAAGUCGGAAAAAAGCAAAGAAACAAGGGCGGAAACAAGAUGGCUACAUCUACAGAAGUUAUUUAAGCACUUGCCUUGUCCUUGUUGUAUUUAAACAAGGCAAGCACUAAAAUGACUUUCGUAUCUCGUUGUUUCCGCCUCUGAUUUUGCUUUUUUCCGACUUGGUAACUGAAACGCUGGUAACUCGGGUGUGACGUCAUUUUCAACCCCGACAUCUGACUUCCGAGGUAACUCGAACAUAGCGUAAGGCAAACAGGUUGAGCGGCCAGCUUUACGAUAAAUUGUCCAAAGAUCCAGAGGAAACUAGCUUAGUUAUCCCUACAAGACAAUAAAUGAAAUGUGUGGAUGUAUGUCUGCUUUGGGCUUAAAUAGUCUUUGAAUUGAGGUUUUUAUUCAACCUUUUGUAACCUUUUGUUUUGUUCAGGGUCCAACAUUUAAGUGACUGUAAAGUAGUAUGCAUAAAAAGAAUGAAUGAGGCUUGGGUUUGGGUUCCUAAAAUCAGGACCUUUGGCAGGAUUGUUUCCAUGGUAGUUACUGCCAACCUGCACCACAUUAAUAGAACAUUUGGAUUCAUAAUCAGGGCUUUUUCUAAAAAAUUUGCAUGUAAAUAGGGAACUCUGAACACUCUGAUCUGUGGCACGGGAUUGUGUUUGAGUAGAAAGAAUCAAAUUGAAUAAACUAGCAGAUAUAAUCACCAAACUGAAGUGUGAUUUUAGAUUAAAAGACUUAUGUAGACACAGUGUUGUAGCAAAACUAUGGUACAAGAAGUAGGAAGGUACAAGAACAAGUGUGAUCACUGGGUUAAACCACCAUUGAGAUCAUGCCUGAGGUAAAUACAGUUUCAUUUUAAGAGGACUCAAAUUAUGUGCUGCAGCAGCUCAGGAAAUCUGUCUGAUCAACACUGUGAAUAUUUCAUGGAAGCCGUCUUGAUUCAGUUUUCACACGCUUCAUUUUGUGGUGUAGGGAAAACCGGUGUAUAUUUUCUUGUUUAAAAGCUGUGACUGUUUAAAGACGUAACAUCUGGACUCCAAAGUUUCAGCCUGGAGUGAAACAGACUCGGGUUGUAGCCCUGUGUUCGGUAGGUAGCCUUGUUUGGAUGUUUCUCAUCUACUGCCCAGGGAGAUACAAUCCCAGAUGUUUCCCAUUGUGAAGCUGAAGGAAGCUGCUGUGUGUUGCAGGGGUGGAAGAGUUAUCAGAGUGCUCUCACUAAAGCGUCCACCUCGUCUUCAUCCUUGAGGUCUUGACUACACACUAAAAAAUGGCCCCUGGAUUAACGUUUUGAAGCGCGACAUCGACAUAUUGUCCUUGAACAUAUUUCUGUUAUUAUUGGUGUAGUGUUUUCUUCAUCUCUAGGUUGUGACAGGCUGCAAAAGUCAAAGUGUUAUUUACUUUAUUUCUCUAAUACCUUAACCUAAUUAUCAAAGUGUGAGGAACAAGAGGAGGUUUUGUCUUUAAAAAUGUUCUUUUUACGUCACAUUUUGUUCUUAUGUCUGAUACCAAAGCAGGAUAAGCAAAAGGCAAAUUUUUUUGUAAAAGAGUUGUUUAAUUGUUUUAUAGGUUGUGAAUUAAUUUGCUUGUUAGGGGAAACAGAGUAACUUUAAAGAUAAUAAAUAAUAUUAUUUCAUGCAGUAAAAAAAACCUCAAGUGAGCAGUGGGGUCUUUGCAGAUGCUUGUUCUUCAUUUUGCUGUCAGUGGAUACACACACUGCUCGCCAUUCAGAGCGCCCAUCUCUGGAUUGGCUUUGCUUCAGGCUUUGUCACUCCUUUUUUUUUCACAGCUUAUGUGUGAAACUAGAAAAUUCUGCUUGAAUACACUUCAAUAUCACAUCUUAUUUUUUGUAUCUGAUGCUGAAGUUCAAGAGAACCACACGAGACUGUCUCUAAAUCCAUAGAUGAGAGUGGUGUUGUAUGAUUUGGCUAAAUUAAGUGAUCAUAAUCGAAGUGAGCAAUUUUGCGAUCACGGCAGAAUAAAUGAUAUGAGUCUACUGGCUUGGUUAUCCAAGGUCAUGCAGAGAUUAUUGAAAGUUUUAACUCCAGUUUAAAACAUACAAGUAUUAAAGUUCAUAUGAGGAAGUUUUUAGUCUGUGCCAAGUAUUUAACCCUCUUUUUUUUUUAGCUGUUUCUUUGUCUUUGUUUUCACAUACCUUAGACUUUAAAGGUGGGGUAGGCAGGAUCUGAGCAAGUGUCAGUUUUUGGGAGAAAUCUCGAAUGUAAACUCUACCCCUCCCAACCCGUUUUCCCCUCAGCUCCUCCUCUCCCCUCCCUCUCUGCUUCAGCAAGCCCCGCCCACAAACGGAGGCUCCUCCUUGCUCGCUCGUAUCGUUUCAAUUAAAUUCAGAUAUAAUGCAGAUAAAUACAGAUAAUUACAAAUGUGGCCCAGUCAACGUGAAAGUAAACAGCAUUGGUGCUACUGUAGAUGCCAACAGACUACCAGCAAACACAAUGUUUGCAGGACUUCUACAACUAGGAUAAAGUGACAUAGUCCAGGACCCGAGGUCAACAGUUUAGCGGCGCUACAACACGCUACAGCAGGUCCAUUUGACAAGAAAAACUUCUAUUACACUUGGCUUACUUUGUUAAAGCAGUUUACCUGUCCAGCAGAAAGGUUACAGGGUCCGUAAGAUCCUAAAGUGACCCCCAUCAUUGUUGACCCGGCUUCUUAGUUCUUGUCCGGUCUACCUCCUUUUUAAGCGUCCGUUAUUCUGCCAGAGUCUCCAGUAUUUACCUGUAUCCAGUAUACUGCCUCACAACCAAUCAGGUUGGGGAAGGUGGAGAAUAGCUUUGUUUACAGUCGGAAAGAGCGGAGCGCUCAAAAAAUUUAAAACGUUGACUACACAGACAUGAUAAAACACAGCGAUAUUGUUAUAUUACCAAAUGUCAUCAAUAACUUAUAGCUCAUGACUGAUAUCAGAAGUUUUGUUGUAUAUACACCACAAAAAUAGAUGCUUCUUUAACGAAUUCUUGCCUACCUCACUUUUAACUUUGCAGGUUUUGUUCAGCACUUCUUUUAGUUCUGUGUAGCUGCCUGGGAUGUCCCAGUGUAGAGUGUUUGCACCUUCAUGUGUGUGCGAUAAUAACACAGCUGUCACUUAUUUCUGACUCCCAGCAGAAGAUGAUGCGUCAGGUGACAGGCAGUGACUUCUGCAUGAAUAGCAGGCCGUCGUGCCUCGCAGAGGAUGGCCACCAUCCCACUGCCCACUUCGAAGUGUGCACCUCCCAGCCCAACAAGUUCUACCCUCCUCCUCAGUCGGCCCUGCAGAUGACGCUGGCCCCCAUGGUCUUGCCAGCUCAGAGCCACAAACCCAUGAUUUGCCAGAGACAAGAAGUGUUUGUGGGCGAUGCUCGCUCACCUGGAAAAAUACCCGGCAUUAAAAGCACCAAUCAAGCGCUGGAUGACGGCAAGAAAAAGAACAAGGCUGUCGGGAAGACGGGCAGACGCGGGCGACCUUUGGGAACCACCAAGCUAGCUGGAUACAGAACCAGCACAGGGAGGCCACUCGGCACUACCAAAGCUGCCGGGUUUAAGACAAGCCCGGGAAGGCCGCUGGGUACAACCAGAGCGGCGGGGUACAAGGUGAGCCCCGGGCGGCCUCCUGGCAGCAUCAAGGGUCUCUCUCGCCUCAACAAACUGGCUUAUAAUAGCACCUGCAGCGGUGCAGCUUUUCCCUAUCCAAUACCACACAAAGAAGCCCUCUGUGAACCCUCCUGCAAAGAGAAGACAGCGAACGAGUAAAUGCUCAGGGUCUCAUUCAUGAAACGUGAGCAGAACGGAUUUAUGUGUUCAAUGUGAGCUGAACGAAAUUUACAGCAAACCAACAUUCAUCAGUGUUUCAGUCGUUCUGAUUUGUUCAUUGCUAUUACAAAAUCUACACCUGCCUCUGACCACGAGUGUAGUGUGUGUAAGUGAAGAAUUCACAGAAAUAUUGUUUAUUAUUAGAAAUCAUUUUUUAUUCAUGUUUUGAUCUGUUAUGCUCAUAAUAGAUCUUUAAAAAACACAUAAAACACAAUCAAUAAGCAGAUCUAAUCUUCAGAUGAGUGUGUGUUUCAAACAUGUUCAGUGAUUAUCAAGAUUUUAAUUAGUCAGCACUGUGGCUCUGUGGUCUAGUAAUGAUUUUUCUUUACCUUGGGGAUCCAUUCUUGUGUUUUAACUAGAAGUCUAACCUGUCCAUAGGAGACAGGGUUACCCACUGAAGCCAAGGCUUUUGACUCCGCUGACCCACCACACACAGCAGGAGCUGCCUUUAAUGACACCCAGACUCUGAUAGAGAACUUCAACAGUGAUCUGAAGGCAAGUGUCCCACCACCACUCACAAGAGACAAUGACCUGUCUUUUUUUUUUUUUAUUCCACUUCAAAUGAAAUACUGUUUCCACAUCUGAAAGUUUCUUUUUCUUCCUCCUCUCUCUUCCCUCUCCUGUCGUUUCACAGGAAAGACGUCCACACCUCUUUAUAUGAUGUUCAUCAGCUAUUCGUGGUUUGGAGAUUUAUGCUGAUUAGUGGGAGUUUGUGGUUACUCUAGGACUGAUUUGCAGUCGUGAACUUACUCACUUACUUUUAUUGUACCGGUGACUGUUCUGCGAAAAUCUACACAUAAAUUUACGAACGUUUCAUGAAUGAGACCCUCUGUUUUUACUGGUCCUCCGAUAAGAGAGGCAUGUGUACAGGUUUCCUGCCAGACUCUGGGGGCGAUUGUUAUUUUGCCCAGUCAGCUACGAGACAAUGAGAAGGGGGUUUUUUAUUAUUCGUGUUGGUGUCAUCUGUGUGCCUGCCACCUGAUAUAAUACUGUUAGUUUUCAGUGCAGCAGCUGGAGAUCUAAAGUGAGUCAAGAUUUUAAAGGGAUAUUCCGGCGAAAAAUUAAGUUAGAGUCAAACACGCCGUAACACUAGUUAGACACCUGCUUGCUUCUCUAGUUAUACCAACUCAAGUAACGACCGCAUGAUAGCAAUACAUAGCAGUCUACGUCUAUGUGCGCAAACCUCAAACAAAAAGCUUGUUUAUGGGAGGAGUCCUGAAGAGACGAUCACAGAGUGCAGCGGAGUUUCGCAGCUCAAGGAAGAACAUUUAUGAUUAUUACUUCAUGGAAAUGCAAUCAAACCAAGACGCCAAGGCAGAACUACCGCGUCUGCAGUGCAAAAUGAUUAUUAUGAUGAUUAUUAAUUCAUGGAAAUGAUCUGCUUCACUCUGUGAUCGACUAGUCAGGGCUACCCAACAAACAAGCGGCUGCUGGAGGAGAGUGGGUGAGUUGUGUUUAGUCUCUUUGCUAAAGAAACCAGGAAAAACUAAAAAGAUGUUUGGUGGCUAGUACUAUGGCUGGGACCCUAUAUGUACUGUUGAUGAAGUUAGGUAUAACUUUGGUUGUUGGUAUAACUAGAGAAGCAAGCAGUCAGCAACACUCAUGUCUCGAGGGGGUGUCUUACUCUGUGUUACGGUGUGUUUGACCCUAACUUAAUUCACGCCGGAAUAUCCCUUUAAUUUCACUUUUCUGUGUCUGCAUACCAAGAAAAAAAACAAUACCAGAUGUUUAUAAAGGAAGGAGCCUUUCUCCUACUAACAAUGGUAGUGUUUGUUCAUGACACCAUUGAUUUUCAGUGUACUUAAUGUAGCAUUUGAACGCCGUUGAAUGAUUGACACAUCCUUUUUUUUUUUAAAUUACUGUAAAUGGAAGAGACCGUCGCAAGGCGAUUGUUAGCCAAGAUUGUGAAAUCUUCUCGACAGCAUUAAACAAGAACAAACUCUACUUGAAUUUCAUACAAGCCAAUGUUGCUGAACAAUUUUUGCUCUCAAAACAAACACGUCCAAAGCAAGAGAAGAGGAAGAAGAGGGACAAGAAGGAACACCUGUUGGAAAUAAUAAUACAAAAAAGGCUAAUUGUAGCACCUUUUUAAAUGUCACGUGUGUAAAAUAAGAGACAUCUGACUUUUAAAACUUUUAAUUUAAGGACUGGGGGGGCAGGAGUCUAGUGCCUUGCUCAGUGGCACUUUAAAGACAGAUGUACAGAUCAUCCUCCAGGCACACAGCAGCUAAAAAAACUGAAAUCCAAUGAACCUGAAUUUUCCCACUCAGCUCAAGAACCAACACUAAACUCUCUGAAUGUCCCCUUGCAAUAUGUCUACGUUAUUUGCAUGCAAAUGUCAUCAAAGUGACUGAGUCAACUUGCAGAUUGUUGUGACUAAUAACACUGUUAUCCACGUCUGAACUGGUAUAUUUUCCUUAAGGUACUCCUUAAAAAAGUACAUCAACGUCGUCAGCAACUCAGUUCAGCUCCUGCUUCUUUCAAACAUACUGGAAUUCCAGUAGCGUAGGUUAUGGUUGCCUCUGCUCUUCAGUAUUUCUUUAAACUCUUUUUGUGUGUUGUAUCAGGAAAACUCUCCAUAUUUAUAUUUAAGUCAUAUGUUAAUAUUUCUUAUAUCUAGACAACUGUGUUUCUUUUUCACUUUGACCCUGUUGUCCGACAGUCUCAGGACAGCAUGUCUACCUGUGCUCUGGGCUUGCUUCUUGAUCUGCCUCCCUAAUCCAGCAUUCGUAUCUUUAUUGGUAACCCCGUCUAAUAAGUGAUUUUCUCUCUUUCUGUGGUCCAUGAUGGCGUUUCUUUCUCACACUCCUUUCUAUUGAUGUAUGUGUUAUUGCAGGAAAGGCUGAGUGUCUCAUAAAUGACGUUACUCUUCCUGUCCGGCACUUUGGAUGAACCAGUAACUAAGAUUGGCGUGUCUAGAUAUAAAAAGUAUCAACAUAUUACACAGUCCGACCAAAUGAACUUUUCUGGACUAAACUUAAGCUGAGCUACUCGCUGAUGGUGUCCCAGUGCACACAUCAAACCAGUCUCUUUCUCCUCAUUAGUCUUUGAGCAGAAAGCAACUUAAAAGUUCACUAAACUUUUUUCUUUAAAAAUGUAGAUUACAAUUUGAAUGAGGGAGAUUUUCAUGGAAAUCUUAAAAAAGGCAAAUCUAGCUAAGCAGGGUUCAGGAUAUUCACUUUGAUAUCUGAUUUUUUUUUAUUUUAAUCCUUAUUGCGCCACAUUUUGUUCAGUUCACAGUAAAAGUUAAAUUACACCCGGUCAUCCUGUUAUCUUUUAUAUCCUAUCGUCCAAAAAUCAAUUUUUGCAUCUUUCUGAAAGAGGCCGAUUUUGUGGUUACUGUCAUAUUUAGCUUGGACAGUACCAUAAAAAGACAUCGGGCCACUUUUUUGCAAUUGUGACUGUGUAAUUCACAAACUACAGAGAGGACAAAGUACUGCCGUCGUCGUUUUCUUCCGCUUAUCCAGGUCCGGGUCGCGGGGGCAGCAGCUUCAGGAGGGAAGCCCAGACGGCCCUCACCUCAGCCACUUCCACCGGCUCCUCCGGGGGGAUUCCCAGGCGCUCCCAGGCCAGGCAAGAGAUAUAAUCCCUCCACCUGGUCCUGGUUCGGCCACAAGGUCUCCUCCCAGUGUGACAUGUCCGGAACACCUCUAACGGGAGGCGUCCAGAAGGCAUCCUAGCCAGAUGCCUGAGCCACCUCAGCUGACUCCUCUCGACGUGGAGGAGCAGCGGUCCAAGCUCCUUACCCUAUCUCUAAGGCUGAGCCCGGCCACCCUGCGAAGGAAACCCAUUUUGGCCACUUCUUGUAUCCUCAAUCUUGUUCUUUCGGUCAUUACCCAAAGUUCAUGGCCAUAGGUGAGGAUCGGUACGUAGAUCGUCCGGUAAAUCGAGAAUUUCGCCUUAUGGCUCAGCUCUUUCUUCACCACGACUGAUGCGGACAAAGUAUCGCUUUUCUUGUUAAAGUGAAUUUUUUAUUACGAUCAAAAACAUUUUUCUUUAAUGUUACGAUUUCUACAUGAAUAUGAGCAGACUGAUAUUUAUUGCUUGAACCAAUUUAUUCCCACGUCCUUAUUUAAUGAAUUCAGACUUUCAAUAUGUCUGUCUUUGUGUUUCUGUUGAUUUUCAGUGUAUUUCCACUGCCUAGAAGUCUUCACUCUGACUAUCAGAGGGGGGCAGAUUUUUCUUAAAUGUAUCAUAAUUUCGUUAAAAUAUGCUUAAAAAAUGAAUAAGAGCGAACAUAGUGUGAACAACUUGUUUAUUUCCGACAAGCUUUAGCUCUUUAAAAACUGCAGAUCAGUUGUUUGAUUGGCUAUAUAACCAUGUGUCACAAUAUUAAACUCAGGUUUCUAUAACUCAUUCAAAGCUUGAGUCUAAAAUGUCAUUUUUACCGAGCGAACUCUGACAUUUCAGAGGAAAGAAACAGCAAAGCUUCACUGAGUUGCUCUCUCACGAGGAAAACUUUAAACUACCGUAGUUCAUUUUGGUGCAACAAUCAGUUGUGUGUAUAUGACUGUGAAAUCUUUGAUACUAUCACUUUUUAUCAUGGUUGUAUUUUUAUACAAGCCUUCAGCCUCUUGUUGUGUUGAUGUGUGUGGUGUUAACAGAGCUCACUGAAAUGUCACAGACAAACAAAGCUGUCACCCUCCUUUACCAAAGAACAUGAUGUUAUCUAACUGUACCCACAUUUAUUGAGUUUUUCAACGUCGUCUCUAACUUUGACGAGAGAGCACUUGGAGACCACUAUCCCCUGAAAGAUGAAAUGAUUGUUUGUAGAAGGGGAAGAAAAAUCCAACUGGGAUUAAAAGGGAUUAAAAUGUCAGUUUUUCUUGAAUGAAUUGUAAAACGUACAUGGAUGCUGUAACCUUAUUUAAUUGAUUUUCGUCAUAUUUAUAUUCAUCUAUAUCAUUUAAAAGUAGUCCUCUUUUUGUAUAAGAUUCUUCUGUAGCCAUCUUUGAUAUUUUGCUUAAGCUCACAUGAGGCUGAGUUGUGACGCACUCCAAAUGGUUUGUUGAGGCAUUUCCCGAAGUAAAGCCUGAUGGGAAAAAAGCCGCCAGCUCGCUCUUUAUUAAAGUGUUGUUUCAGAUGAGACAUUUUGAGAUGUGACAGCAGGUAAAGCACAGGUGUAAAUAAUAAAAUGGAGCACGGCUGCUUCAGCUUCAGGUUAUUGUAACACUGUUGGACACUGAGACACAGACUGUUAAUGUUACCUGUUACACCUGUGCUUACCUGACACAAAAACUCCAACGUUUGAGGUUGGAGUCUGAUGAUGCUGACAUGAGGCCGAUUGUUUGAUUGUUUCAUUUUUGCUUCUUUCUCUCACAGAAGAGUCAUUUUCUUCUCCUGACAUCUCCAGCAUUGAAUCAACACGUGGUCUGUUGUCUGUAGGUGAUGAUUACAAAAAUAUGACCUCACAUUUUGAGUGUUUUCAAGAAGCCCACUUACCCCUAGAGUAUGACUGGCCAAGCCUGUAAAGCUUUGUAUUAUUCCUGUUUUAUUCCUGCAUGAUUGUUGUUGAAUGUUCAAAAGUUGUGUAAUAAAUCUGAAAGUAACACAUUCUGCUGAAAUGUUGUGCACAAAAUUUUUAUUUGUUUAGAUGUGAAUGCAAACAUUAGUUCAUGUUGUUUUUGAUCAGGGUAUUACAAAACUCCUAUGUGGAGUUUUUUUUUAAAACCCUCAUAAAAUACACUGAAAUGUAUAUUAGUGCCUUUAAUGACAUCUAUAUUUGAUCUUUAAAAAGCAGCAGGAUGAAAUAUUUAUGUCAGAAGUAAAGCAUGUUAAAGACAGGAUAAACACGGACUGCUUAGUCCACAGGGGGGCACCAAAACUGACACACAGAGACAUUUCCUCACAGGAGCUCUGAACAAACAAACACAAACAUUUUUGUUGCAGCACAGUAAGUGCAGAAUAAAGUUCUUUAUUUCACACAGGAAGGUACAUUUUAUUACACCAAACAGAUAAAACCUCUCAUAAAAAGUGAUUUGUUUCUUAUUUAACUGUUAAUUAAAUUAAUGUUAAUGUUAAUUAAAGAAGACAUCUUAGUCCCAAUGACUUUGAGACCUCCAGUCUCUAAGCCGACACAUUAAAUGUAGCUACAACACCACAGAAAAAUAAGUUUGAGAAAUAAUGUUAUGGAGAAAGAGAGAAUGUAUAUAAUAAAUAAUAGGGUCAUACAAAUCAUCAUGUUGAAGUUAUGAAAAGAUUACACUUGAAUUUUUUUUACUUAGGUUUGAACUUUUUAAGCAGAUGUUAAAAUCUCUGAUCUAAACAAACAAACAUGUAAAAAGACUCAUUAUCAAACAUAGUGCAAAUAUCAUACUUUGAUUCAAGACACUUUUUAAACAAAAGGUUCAAACAAGCAAACAUGAUUCCACCUGAUUAAUUCCCCAUACAAAAGCAUUUUAAACUUUACAUCUUAUAGAACUUAAACCCACUUUGCCUAAUUUUAACAGUGCAGGAACACCUCCUGUAAAUCUUUACAGAUGAAUCAGUCUGUACCCUCAUGUCUACUUGAGCUCACAUAUCUCAGCAGUGCUUCCAGAAGGGUCUGGAAGCCAGAAUCCAGAAUAGAGGGGGAGAGUAAAGGUGGUCUGGACUCUGUGGAGGAGAGUCAUGGUGUCAGAGACCCUGUAGUAGGACAGAGUACCAGCCUGAUGAUCCAGGUAAACUCCUAUUGUAGAGGACGGAGGGCCUGAGACGGCCGUUUCUAUGUUGUUAUGUCUGAAUAUGUGUCCACUGCUGCGACAUUCUAAUGACCAAGAUUUUUCAUUGAAACCAAAUCCACAUUCAUCUCUGGUCCCUGUUCGGCUGAUCUCCUUGUAUGCAACUGCCAUUAUAAUGUAUCCACUCCACUUCACCUCCCAGUAACAGCGUCCAGUCAGACCAUCUUUACUCAGGACCUGCCGCCAUAGAAUAAACCUGUCUGGGUGGCUUGGGUAUAACUGAUCUACAAGCAAUUGUGUGGCUUUUUUGUUACUGUCACUCAAGAGUAAUUGUUUUUGUGCUGUAUUUGGAUCCAGUGUGAUUGAACGAGAGUAUCUCAUAAAGUCAGCUCUGGUUGUUGGCUCUGGUUGUGGCGGUAAAACUUCCACCUUGGUCACUGCUGAUGAGAUCUUCACCCAGUCCUCACUCAGAACAGCCUGAAGUUUGUCUCUCAACUUUGAAACAGCUGCUGUCACAUCCUUAAAAGAGCUCAGAGGACAGACACUAAUGCUGAGAGGACCUGUAGAUUCAUUCAGACCUGACAGUGAGGGAUAGUUGUUUAAGAAAUGGAGGUGAUCUUCAGUUUGUGAGAGCUUCUCCAGCUGAGCCUCUUUCCUCCUCAGAUCAGUGAUCUCCUGCUGCAGCUUCUCCUCCAGCUCUGUGGCUUCAGUCACUUGAGUUUUCUGCUGGGAUCUGAUCUGCUGAGUCACUUCAGAGCGUAUUUUCUCAAUCAGACUGAUCAGCUCGGUGAGGGUCUUCUCACUGUCUAUCACAGCUUCAUCAGCAGACAGGUCGAAGGCCUCCACCCUCUGCUGGAGCACCUUGACGUCUCUCUCUCUCUGUCCUGGACUCUCUGUUGGAUUUUCUGCUGACUCACCUUGAGCUCUUUCUGUUUCUCGGCUCUUUCUGCAGCAGUAGAGACAAUGUCAUGACCUUUGUGUUCAUCCACAGAGCAGAGGUAACAGAUACACUUGUGAUCAGUGCGGCAGUAAAUCUUCAUCACCUCCUCAUGAUGAGAGCAGAUGUUCUCCUGAAGCUUGAAAGUGGCUUCAACCAGCUUGUGUUUCUUCAACAGAGCUACACUGUAGUGAGGCUGGAGGUGCUGCUCACAGUAAGAGGCCAUACACACCAGACAGGACUUGAGGGCUUUCAGCCUCUUACCAGAGCAGUAAUCACAGGCCACGUCUUCAGGUCCAGCAUAAGGAAGAUCAGGUGAAGCAGCUUGAGGCUCCAACUUCUUCACUUCUUCCACAAGUUCUGCUAACAUGGUACUUUUCACCAGGACAGGCCUUGGAGUGAAAGUCUGUCUGCACUGAGGACAGCUAUAAGUAUCCUUGUCUUUCUCUUCAUCCCAGCAGUCGCUGAUACAGCUCAUACAGUAACUGUGUCCACAGGGAAUAGUCACCGGAUCCUUUAAAAGAUCCAGACAGACUGAACAACUCCAUUUGUCUCUGUUAAGCUGAAUUCCUUGCUGCGCCAUUUCUCCCUCUGCAACAGAUGGUGAAUGUUUAAAAGUUUCUCUUUCUGUUCCUGAUAAAUGCCGGGGUCACAGUCUCUCUGCCUGUUCACUGAUCUGCAGUGUCUGUGCUCACAGCUGUUCCAGUUCAUCACAGAGUGUUUACACCCAUCCUCAAAGUGGGAGAUCUGUAAAAGGGGAGGAGAGACAAAUGAGGAAGUAAAGUGUGGGUGGGGUUAAAAACAUUCACUUAUCAGGAAGAAGAGUGUCAGACAAACAGAGAUUUUUAGACGCACUGAUAUUUUACAAAGCAUCUCUUUAAACCACCAAUAAAUGGACCUAGUAUAGCAGCCACACAAAGUUUAUCUCUGAGAGAUUUGGAACUUGACUUUAGGACAGCAGAGAUGGUCUGAAAUGAUGUUUGAUUUGAGUGUUUCAGUAGGAACGAUAAGAGAGUCUGUGGAGUCCAGAGGUCUCUCACUUACACGUCUUAAAAACAACUUGUCAGGAGAAGAGCACACUUAGAGAAAAACAUGAGACCCAUUUGAAAUAAGGUGCACCAACAAGUAACAUCCACCCUCAGAUAACAAAGAUCACCACAAAGAACCAAAGUGUGAAAGAGAAAAGUUUCCACCAGGAGCAAAUCAGAGACUCAUUUAAUGUAAGGACCACAUAAGAAAUGAAAAGAUUACACAUGCUAGUACAUUUCUGCUUUAAUAAAUACAAGUCAUUAAAUAUAAUAUGCUGUGAGAUCCCUAAAAACACUUUUUUUGUUAAUUGUAGGCUGUUCACACUUUGAGUAUUUUAACCAUCACACUCUGGAAGGAUUUUAAUCUCUGAAUAUUCAGCCAAGAAGAUUUCUCCUUGAAGGAAAAUGAUGGGGGUCAGAAUUAAGACUCAAUCGACCACAAAGAAAACUUUUCAUCCAUUUGUUCUGAAAUACCGCCCCCUGGUGUCAGAGAUCUGUACUGUGACAGAUGAAUCUACUGGACUGGACUGUCUUUUCUUGUUCACGAACACAUGUUUCUUCACUGAGUUGCUCUCUCAGUAGUAAAUAUAAAAAGACGAUAUUAAUAAUGAUAAUAAAAUCAUAAUAAUGGUAAUAUUAAUGAUAAAAUGGAAUAACAAAAAUGAGCAGGAAAGAACAAUAAAGUCAAUAAAAGGCCUAAAAGGUUAAAUAAGAAAAGAUUAUAAGUAAAACAAAGGCUAAAAGGACAGUAAGUCGAAAUAAGGUAAUAGAGAUAAAAGAUAAAAGACGGCAUCACAGAAAAGCAAGUCUGUAAAAGUGAGUUUUUUAAUUUGUCUCCUCUGGCAGGUCGUUCCAAAGUCGAGGAGCUCUGAUGGAGAAAAUCUAUCACCUUUUGUUUUGAGUCUCGACUUUGGAACUACCAGGAGGCCUUCGCCAGAGGAUCUGAGGCUGCGAGUUGGCACAUAAGGUAUUAAAAGCUCUGAAAUGUAGCUCGGAGCAAGUCCUUUGAGUGCUUUGAAAGUAAUAAAUAAAAUCUUAAAAUCAAUUCAUCCAUAUCGUUUAAAAGUAGUCCUCUUUUUGUAUGAGAUUCUUUUGUAGCCAUCUUUGAUAUUUUGAUGAAUUUUUUCUGGAGGUUUCGCUCACAUGAAGCCGAGCUGUGAAGAACUCCAAAUGGUUUGUUGAGGCAUUUGUAGUAGUUUAAAAAAAAUCUGCUUUUUUAAAUUUUCAAUAAAACAGACACCCACUCUAUUUUUGUAAGUAAAUAAUUGAAUCAAUCUUCUGCAGUUACACAGCUUCGGGAUCAAAGCGAUACCUAAACAUGUCAGUAGAUGGCAGUGUAAGAUUACUGUGGACACUUUAACAUAACUGUUCUGCUCAUGCGCAGCUCAGUUGUAAACGAGAAUCGGCUGAAGCAAGAAGCUAUGGCGGUAAUGCACCAAUAAGAUGGAUGCCAACCGCCGUUAAACACGAAGAAAAAAAAGAACAAGCAAGGAGCUAAGUUUUGUCUUCUGUCUCAUUUGUUCUCAGUUUAUGUUUCCAUAAUUUGCUCCACAGUCCACUCUUCCUGUGUGACCGUCACAAUUGGCCCAGAUUUCCCUUUAAGUCUGGCGACGGUUAAACAUUGAGUGAAGUGAAGCCUGAUGGGAAAAAAAGCUGCCAGCUCGCUCUUUAUUAAAGUGUUGUUUUAGAUGAGACAUUUUGAGAUGUGACAGCAGGUAAAGCACAGGUGUAAAUAAUAAAAUGGAGCACGGCUGCUUCAGUUUCAGGUUAUUGUAACACUGUGGGACACUGAGACACAGACUGUUAAUGUUACCUGUUACACCUGUGCUUACCUGACACAAAAACUCCAACGGUUGAGGUUGGAGUCUGAUGAUGCUGACAUGAGGCCGAUUGUUUGUUUUAUUUUUGCUUCUUUCUCUCACAGAAGAGUCAUUUUCUUCUCCUGACAUCUCCAGCAUUGAAUCAACUCGUGGUCUGUUGUCUGUAGGUGAUGAUUACAAAAAUAUGACCUCACAUUUUGAGUGUUUUCAAGAAGCCCACUUACCCCUAGAGUAUGACUGGCCAAGCCUGUAAAGCUUUGUAUUAUUCCUGUUUUAUUCCUGCAUGAUUGUUGUUGAAUGUUCAAAAGUUGUGUAAUAAAUCUGAAAGUAACACAUUCUGCUGAAAAGUUGUGCACAAAUGUUUUUUUUUUCUUUUGUAAAGACCUGAUUACAAACAUUAGUUCAUGUUGGUGUUUUUGAUGAGGGUAUUGUUAAAGGUCCUAUGAGGAGUUUUUAAACUUCCAUGAAAUACACUCAAAUAUAUAUUGGUGCCUUUAAUGACAUCCAUGUUUGACUGUUGAAAAGCAGCAGGAUGAGAUAUUUUUGUCAGAAUUAAAGCAUGUAAAAGACAGGAUAAACAAAGAUUACUUUUUGUUACACAGUGGGCACCAAAACUGACACAAAGAGAACGUUCCUCACCGUAGCUAUAAACUGACAAAAACACUUUUUUCCAGCACAGUUUCUGCAACAUCUUGUAAAAGAAGAUACACAAAUUGAAUUUAUAUGACACUAGAAAUAUAAAGCUACUUGUAAGAAUUAAAAAAAAAAAGGUGAUUUGUUUUUCAUUUUAUUUUUCAAUUGGACUUUCAAAUCAAAACACCAUCUGCUUCUAAAAAAGACAUCUCAGUUCAAAUGACUUUAAGCCUUCCAGUCCCUAAACCGACACCUUAAAUGUAGAUACAAGACCACAGAUAAAUACGUUUGAGAAAUUGUGUUCCAUUUUUUGACUUAGGUUUGAACUUUUUAAGCAGAUGGUAAAAUUUUUGAUCUCAACAAACUUAAACGUAAAAAGACUCAUAAUCAAACAUAGUGCAAAUAUCAUACUUUGAUUCAAGACACUUUUUAACAAUAGAUUCAAACAACAAGCAAACAUGAUUCCACCAAUCAAGAUGAAUUCUCCAUGUAAAAGCACUUUAAACUUUAAAUCUUACAGAAAUUAAACCCACUUUGCCUAAUUUUAACAGUGCAGGAACACCUCCUGUAAAUCUUUACAGAUGAAUCAGUCUGUACCCUCAUGUCUACUUGAGCUCACAUAUCUCAGCAGUGUCUCCAGAAAAGCCAGGAAGCCAGAAUCCAGGAUAGAGGGGCUGAGUGAAGGUGGUCUGGACUCUGUGGAGGAGAGUCAUGGUGUCAGAGACCCUGUAGUAGGACAGAGUACCAGCCUGAUGAUCCAGGUAAACUCCUAUUGUAGAGGACGGAGGGCCUGAGAGGAGGGUUACUGUUUUGUUAUGUCUGAAUCUGUGUCCACUGCUGCGACUUUCUAAUGACCAAGAUUUUUCAUUGUGCCCAAAUUCACAUUCAUCUCUGGUCCCAAUUGUGCUGAUCUUCUUGUAUGCAACUGCUAUAUAAACAUAUCCACUCCACUUCACCUCCCAGUAACAGCGUCCAGUCAGACCAUCUUUACUCAGGACCUGCCACCAUUGAACAAACCUGUCUGGGUGAUCUGGAUAUGACUGCUCUUUUUCCACUAAUGUUGUCUUUCUGUUCCCGUCACUCAGUGAUAAACGUGAGUGUGCUGUAUUUGGAUCCAGUGUGAUUGGACGAGAGUAUCUCAUAAAGUCAGCUCUGGUUGUUGGCUCUGGUUCUGGAGGUAAAACUUCCACCUUGGUCACUGCUGAUGAGAUCUUCGCCCAGUCCUCACUCAGAACAGCCUGAAGUUUGUCUCUCAACUUUGAAACAGCUGCUGUCACAUCCUUAAAAGAGCUCAGAGGACAGACACUAAUGCUGGGAGGACCUGUAGAUUCAUUCAGACCUGACAGUGAGGGAUAGUUGUUUAAGAAAUGGAGGUGAUCUUCAGUUUGUGAGAGCUUCUCCAGCUCAGCGUCUUUCCUCCUCAGAUCAGUGAUCUCCUGCUGCAGCUUCUCCUCCAGCUCUGUGGCUUCAGUCACUUGAGUUUUCUGCUGGGAUCUGAUCUGCUGAGUCACUUCAGAGCAAAUUUUCUCAAUCAGACUGAUCAGCUCGGUGAGGGUCUUCUCACUGUCUUUCACAGCUUCAUCAGCAGACAGGUUGAAGGCCUCCACCCUCUGCUGGAGCACCUUGAUGUCUCUCUUUCUGUCCUGGACUCUCUGUUGGAUUUUCUGCUGACUCACCUUGAGCUCUUUCUGCUUCUCGGCUGUUUCUGCAGCAGCAGAGACCAUGUCAUGACCUUUGUGUUCAUCCACAGAGCAGAGGGAACAGAUACACUUGUGAUCAGUGCGGCAGUAAAUCUUCAUCACCUCCUCAUGAUGAGAGCAGAUGUUCUCCUGAAGCUUGAAAGUGGCUUCAACCAGCUUGUGUUUCUUCAACAGAGCUACACUGUAGUGAGGCUGGAGGUGCUGCUCACAGUAAGAGGCCAUACACACCAGACAGGACUUGAGGGCUUUCAGCCUCUUACCAGAGCAGUAAUCACAGGCCAUGUCUUCAGGUCCAGCAUAAGGAAGAUCAGGUGAAGCAGCUUGAGGCUUCACCUUCUUCACUUCUUCCACAAGUUCUGCUAAGAUGGUGUUUUUCACCAGGACAGGCCUCUGAGUGAAAGUCUUUCUGCACUGAGGACAGCUAUAAGUAUCCUUGUCUUUCUCCUCAUCCCAGCAGUCGCUGAUACAGCUCAUACAGUAACUGUGUCCACAGGGAAUAGUCACCGGAUCCUUUAAAAGAUCCAGACAGACUGAACAACUCCGGUUUUCUCGGUCAAACUGAAUUCCUUGCUGCGCCAUUUCUCCCUCUGCAACAGACGAUGAAUGUUUAAAAGUUUCUCUUCCUAUUCCUGAUAAAUGCCGGGGUCACAGUCUCUCUGCCUGUUCACUGAUCUGCAGUGUCUGUGCUCACAGCUGUUCCAGUUCAUCACAGAGUGUUUACACCUAUCCUCAAAGUGGGAGAUCUGUAAAAGGGGAGGAGAGACAAAUGAGGAAGUGAAGUGUGGGUGGGGUUAAAAACAUUCACUUAUCAGGAAGAAGAGUGUCAGACAAACAGAUUUUUAGACGCACUGAUAUUUUACAAAGCAUCUCUUUAAACCACCAAUAAAUGGACCUAGUAUAGCAGCCACACAAAGUUUAUCUCUGAGAGAUUUGGAACUUGACUUUAGGACAGCAGAGAUGGUCUGAAAUGAUGUGUUUGAUUUGAGUGUUUCAGUAGGAACGAUAAGAGAGUCUGUGGAGUCCAGAGGUCUCUCACUUACACAUCUUAAAAACAAGUUGUCAGGAGAAGAGCACACUUAGAGAAAAACAUGAGACCCA